GGGGGGAUUUCAUCAGAGAGAGAGAAGGGGAAGGAGAGGAAGAUGGGGUACGUGUUGAGGGUGAGAUUGGCGUCUUUCUUCGUCGGAGCUGCUACGGCGUCCUUUGUCGGAUUAUCCAUCCUUUACAAGGACUACAAGGUCGCUCAUGAUUCCAUCUCUCACCAGGUGAAAUCGAUUCAUGACUCUCUAGACAGAAGGAUCUCUGCUCUGGAGAGUUCAAAACACGCCGAAGCCCCUCAACAUGCCGAGGGCUGACUGAUUAGGGUUUUGGCCUGCAACUUUCUGCUCUUGAGAAUAACUUGAAAAACCACCCCAUGUGUUUCAAAACAAAGAAGACACUGGGCAAUUUACCUGUUUGUUUGUUUUCAUGAGAAUGUGAUUCAAAAAAAAAAAAGGCUAAGGGUUUUUUUCUCGUUCAAAGACUGAACUGAUAGAUCUUUUUGUAAAGAAAGCAAAUGGAUCCAUCAUCUUUCAUGCCUUCUUCAAAGCUUUGAUCUUCAGGCA